AUGCACAACGAGCGGGAGGAAGCCAGAAGAACUCUCGCUUCCACAGCACUUGCUGGCCCUGAAAAAAAGGAAACUGGCAGUGAGUCCCUAAACGGCUCUUUGUCGAAGCUGGUGGCGGAUAGGGGAAGACGGAAGCAAGUGCGAGAGCGACAUCACGGGCCUGCUUUGAGCUGGAGCUUGCAGGAGCAGCGCAUGCAGCGCUCUCCCGUUGACCUCAGCGAUAUCGGGAGACCUUCCGAGUCCUUUCACGAGAGCACGGACUUAAGACAGAAAGAGUACCUCGACGAUGGUCUUCGCAUCCGCGCAGGCUCUGAGCAAUGCGAUGUGACUGGCAGGCUUGUGGGUUCGUAG